AUGCCCAUGCGUUUACUUCUCUACCAACCAAGUACUAUCAUUAUUUCUUUUCGAGGAGCAAUCAAGAAUCGUUUCUUGAGGGCUUCGGAUUUCUGCGCCCCCGAAUCCGGCUUUUCGGUGGGAAAGAUGAAGUUUGGUUCAAUAUAUGAGGAGUACCUCAGGGCAGAGCAGGACAAAUAUCUUGCAAAAUGCUCCCAUGUAGAGUACAAACGUCUCAAGAAGGUAUUGAAGCGAUGCCGACUUGAUCGCUCAUUGCAAGCAGAUGGCACCAACGGUGACCAGCAGGAGGACAGGAGCGACGAUUCUUCAGAUGCUUGCGACUGCAAUUCUUGCACAUUGUGUGAUCAGAUGUUCUUUACAGAACUCACCAAGGAGGCUUCAGAUAUAGCUGGCUAUUUCAGCUCUAGAGUACAGCAUCUUCUAAACCUUCAUGUUCCUUCUGGAUUGCAACGGUAUAUAUGGCGCGUACGCCAAUGCUUCAUAGAUGAUCAACAAAUCAUGGUUCAAGAAGGCAGGCUGCUAGUCAAUUAUGUGACCAUGAAUGCUAUUGCUAUUCGCAAAAUUCUCAAGAAAUACGACAAAGUGCAUGGCUCUGUUAGCGGUAGAGAUUUCAAGAGCAAGAUGCAAACCGAGCACACUGAACUGUUGCAGUCACCUUGGCUGAUCGAGCUGGGUGCUUUCCAUCUGAACUGUGAUAGUUCAGAUAUUGAUGAACCAGCAGGGUUCUUCAAGAAUUUUUCCUGUGACUUGACAGGAACACAGCCAGUAAUGACAUUGGCCAUUUCUGAAACUAUCAAGUAUGACUACAGUCUAACUUGUCCAAUUUGCUUGGACACCUUGUUCAAUCCAUAUGCGCUUAGCUGCGGUCACCUCUUCUGCAAAGGCUGUGCAUGUGGUGCUGCGUCUGUGUACAUCUUCCAGGGCGUUAGGAGCGCGCCUCCAGAGGCCAAGUGUCCUGUAUGCCGAGAGGUUGGUGUGUUUGCCCAUGCCGUGCAUAUGAACGAGCUCGACUUGCUCAUCAAAACAAGGUGCAAAGAUUACUGGAGAUGCAGGCUGCGCGAGGAGCGGACGGAGAUGGUGAAGCAAUCCAAAGAAUACUGGGAGUCCCAGGCCAUGCUGUCGAUGGGCAUCUGA